GUCGAAAUUUUUACUAAGGGAGGCUAUCUUUGAAGCUAUUUAGACCGCUCUUUGCCCCCUGAGCAUCAGCCUUCCUCUGAGCGUUUCUAUCAGCUUACAAACCUCUCUGUCCCGACGAGUCUUCGAGCUUCGGGUGUCUUGAAAAGCGUCUUCUGCCUAGAAAGCCUUCCAGCAAGCCUUUGCAAGCCCCUCAACCCACCUCCAGGAUGCCGAGGACCCAGCAUUCUAUUGAGCUUCGCGUUCAAGCUCUUGCUUUGGUGGCUUACGGAGUACAUAUUGAGGCCGUCGUGGCUUUCACCGGCAUACCCAGGAGCACGAUUCUCUGUAUAGUUAAGAAAGUAAAGGCUCGAGGCUACAAUCCGGAGAUUGAUCCCCGUAUCAAGAGGGAGAUGCCGGUGUAUUUGCUUCAUGGCUUCCGGUGGCCACGCGGUGGCUUCACAGGCAUCCGGGUCUACAUUGUGCUCAAUAACCUGGAGGAAGCCGCUGCUGAAUAUGUUCAACAGCCACUCACGUCUCGCCUGGUUCUUGAGUCGUUGAAAAAGACGCAAUCGGCGAUCAUGCGCCGCCUGCCGGACCUGCAGCUGAUUGAGCAGUACGACCCGGAGGAUACGACCAGCGAGACUGCUGUCAGUCAGCCAUUUGCCUAUGUCGCCGACAAGGUCAUCACGCUUAGCGAGACGGCGACUGGACCGCAGAGUCUGCUCAGUGCGAGCAUGGAAGAGUUCGUCACCGCGGGGAGCGGAUACUCCGAGGACGCCAUCGCCGCAUUCGCCGAGUUGCGCGAUAACAUCGCCGCGGGCGAGAAUAUAGGCUGGUAUGUCGUCUACAAUGGUGAUCCGGAGCGAGGAUAUCCCGAGAUUGAAGAGGACAGCAUGGAUUACCAGCCUGAAGAGGAGGAUGAGGAGGAGGAGAAUGAGAAGGAGGAGGAAGAAACAUCGGCUCCUCCCGCGGUGCAACCACCAGUAAAAUCGCCGACGAGCCGCUUCCCUGAGAGACUCAAAGGAUUCUUCGGCAAGAAGAGCAGUACGGCCACUGCUGUCUGAACCAAUGACCAUGUUUAUUGAUGAUAUAAUGAUUUGAUCGCCUUGACAUGUACCUUAAAUAGCUCCUCCAAAACGUUUUUAGCUAGAAAAUAAUCUCUUUUAAGCUUAUAAAGCUUUGUACGUUUGUAUACUCAUGCCAUAUCAAGGUAGCCUAUAAGGCGGUAAAACCCGGCACAAUGAUCAUAUCGUGUUGUUUGCGGCGGAGUAGUGAGUUGCUGAGCUCCAACGUU